AUCCAUAUUAUUUUGAACGAAACGGUCUGUACAUUGGCCAAGGAAGAGCGAUGAUGUCAAGAGCUGGGAUGUUCCGUGUUUUAGAAGGAAUUGCUGUGGAUAUGAGCAAUAGAGUAUUUAAACUGCCUUCCUUUCAUGAUGUGCUUGAGGGUGAAAUUUUUCUUCAAAACCUGCCAAGCAUUGUCACUGCUCAUGCCUUAGAUCCCCAAAAGGGUGAGCGAAUACUAGACAUGUGUGCGGCACCAGGAGGGAAAACAACUGCAAUUGCAAUCCUAAUGAAGGAUGAAGGAGAGGUUGUUGCAGCUGAUAGAUCUCACAAUAAGGUGCUGGAUAUUCAGAAAUUGGCUGCUGAAAUGGGUUUGAAUUGUAUAACCACAUAUAAGCUAGAUGCUCUUAAAGCUGUUUGUCAAAGGAAUGAUUCCAAUAGUACAACCGAUCUCUGUUGUAGUAAGGAGGAUGACGGUGUAACUAAUCUAAAUUCUGACAUGCUGAGUUUACAUGUGGAGAGAGAAUCAUCCAUCACUACAAAAGGUAUGAAUGACAAGAGUCGCAAGGAAAAUGAUAGCAAUUCCACUGAAAAAGCGAAUGAGAGAACUUAUGUUAGCAAAGCUGACAUCAGGAAGAAUAUGAGAAGAAUGCGGAAUGGCCCAGGAAGAAGUCAGUCCAGUGGAGGUAGGGUUCAGAAUUCGAAAGGUUUUUCUCCCAACAGUUUUGAUAGAGUCCUUCUCGAUGCUCCAUGCUCUGCCCUUGGUUUGAGGCCUCGGCUGUUCGCUGGAGAGGAAACAAUUCAAUCCUUAAGAAGCCAUGCAAAGUAUCAGAGAAAAAUGUUUGACCAGGCUAUUCAAUUAGCUCGCCCGGGAGGAGUCAUUGUAUAUUCAACGUGUACGAUUAAUCCCGGUGAGAAUGAAGCAUUGGUACGAUAUGCUUUGGAUAAAUAUAAAUUUCUCUCCUUGGUGCAACAGCAUCCAAGCAUUGGAGGACCUGGCCUUGUUGGCCAUUGUGAAUUUUCUGAUGGAUAUAUUGAGGAGUGGCUAAGACCAGGUGAGGAAAAACUCGUGCAGAGGUUUGAUCCAUCAUCUCCACUCGAUACGAUCGGGUUUUUCAUUGCCAAGUUUUUUGUUGGCUCCAAAGAUUGCUGACUUUGGAAAACUCUGCAACUUCGUGAGAUCAUAAACAGUUAAGGGUAUGAAGUUUUCUCUCAAGUCAGACCUCAUCAAAUCGGUAUGUCGAGGCUAUAUAUGGUUUAUUUUAUCGUAACACAACAUAAUUUUGGCUUGCCAGUUGUUUUCGGGACUUGUACGUGAUUAAGUUUUUGGGGAUCCUUUGCUUAUUACAGUUAUUUCCUAUGUUUC